GCUAGCUGCCAUACACAUUCAGCCCUUCGGUAGUCUAAGACAGUGUUGUGAAUAUAUUUCUACCCAUUACACUUUGUGGCGCAGUCGGUAGUAGGAGUGUUCUAAGGAGGACCUUUGUGCAUCAUGCCAGUCCAGCUUCCAUCACAAGGGAAACCAAGGAGUUUUGGAGUAAAUAUGGCGUCAAGUCAACGAGAAGUGCUUCAGUCAUCCAAAUUACAAGAAAUGAUUGAAACUGUAAUUAAAAAUGAAAAUUUCAUACAUCAUCAUAUACAUAUCAAGACAAUAAAAGUGAAAAAUAGCUACGUUGGUGUUUAUAGACAAAUAAAUAUAAGAGGAGAGAGCAAAACGGGUAAAAAGGAACUGCACUUAUUUACUAAAACCAUGCCUCAUAAAGAUUACGUUGAAACAAAAGGAUUCGAUGAAAUGUUUUCAAUAACAGAUGCAUAUAGUAAAGAGGCUUUUAUGUAUUCUGAAUUUAGCAAAACUAUCAAUGAGGUGCAAGAAGAAGUCAGCAUACCUGUCAGAGAGCGAUAUACGCUUGCUAAGAGUUAUGCUAGCACAGAUUCAGACACCAUAAUAUUUGAGAACUUAACAACUAAAGGAUUCGAAAUGUAUCCACCACAAGAAGUGAUAACACUCAAGUUCGCCGAGCUAGCAAUCAAGAGUUUGGCAAAGUUCCACAGUUUUGCCUUCAUACUCAAAGAAAAGCGUAUAAAAUUCUUUGAGGAUUUAGUAAAAAUCAUGAAACAACCAUUCUUUUAUGAUACGAAAUCGUAUAAUAAAAAUUUGGAGACCAAAAGCCAAAUAGGUAUAAAUUGCCUGAAUCCAGAACUGAGAAAAAGGAUGCAAGAAUACGUGCUGACUACAUUUGACAAAUACUUAAAGUAUAUUCAAGAUCCAAAGGACACGUGGACUCUGGUGCAUGGAGAUUACAAAACCAGUAAUAUUAUGGUUCAACUCAAGGAUGGUGACGUCUUCAAUGUGAUGCCUGUUGACUAUCAACUUUCCUUCUAUGGCUGCCCUAUCCUUGACCUGAUGUUAUUUAUGUUUUCUUGCACCGAUCAAGAGUUCAGGAAAAAUCACAUGGAAUACCUCAAAAAUCUGUAUUACACAUCCAUGCAGCAGUUUUUAAGCCUUUUCAACAUGGACGUUGAAAAUUAUUACCCUAGAGCAGAAUUUGAAAGGAUCUACAAAGAGAGAUUUGAUCUUGGCCUAACGUUAGCACUAUUCAUGCUUCCGAUACAAUUUAAUGAAGAUGAUGCAUCGACGUCCAAUCAGAAUCAUGUGCUCUGCGAAAGAGUUCGUGGAGUCGUGGACGAUUACAUUCAAUGGGGCUACAUCUAAAGAAGAUGACAUUUUUGUGGUUAUUUAAAUAAUAUUGUUAGCGUGACGUGUUGCGGUGCUUUUGUUCUUCUUUGUAAAUAAAGUGAUAUGUACAUACAUAAAUGUUUUUUUUUUUGCAUUAGACAGUCAUUUUGUUACGCUGUGGUACAUACAAUUGCACAUUUGUAUUUCUAAAAGAAAUUAUUAAUUAGUUU